ACCGUGGCGCAGGAUGGCAGUGAAGCCCCCGGCGGCUGUCGGGAUGCUGCUGGCCCUGGCUCUGCUGGCUCUCAUCCACCUGCCCCCAUCCCCAGACCGCUCCCCGCUCCUGCUGCCAGCCCCGUCCCCACCAGGGUCCCCAAGGGAGGUGGCUGCCCCCCUGCCCGGAGGACAAGCCCGCAGAAGAAGGGUCCCCGUGGCCCUCACUCCCCUGCAUCAGGAGCAGCCCCCCGGCCGGAGCAGGAGGCGCCGAGGGGUGGCCAGGGACGCUCCCCCGUGGCUCUCUGAUGAUGACCUCCAGAAGAUGCGGCUGCUGGCCACGGGGCAGGUGGUCUCCAAAACCCGUGUCCCUGCCCACGGGCAAGUCCUGCGGGUGGRGCUGCGCGCCGUGGGCGAUGCCCAGGGGGGCGUCUCUCCAGCCAGCCCCGAAGGGGACUGCCAGGAUGGGCGCUGUGGGCUCAUCAARCGCCCCGGGGACCUGUACGAGGUGCUGGCAUUCCACCUGGACAGGGUGCUGGGGCUGAACCGCAGCCUGCCCGCCGUGGCCCGGCGCUUCACCAGCCCCCUCCUGCCCUACAGCUACACCGACGGUGCUCUGCGCCCCAUCAUCUGGUGGGCUCCCGACCUCCAGCACCUGCAGGAUGCCAACAAUGACCAGAACUCCUGUGCCCUGGGGUGGCUGCAGUACCAGCAGAUGCUGCGGGCCCACAGACCGACGCUGGUGGCCGGGGAUGAUCCCUGUUCCAACAUCCCACACAGCGAGUGGAGCCGCCUGGCCCUCUUUGACUUCCUUCUCCAGGUUCACGACCGCCUGGACCGCUACUGCUGYGGGUUUCAGCCUGAUCCCUCUGAGCCCUGCGUGGAGGAGAUGCUCCACGAGAAGUGCCGGAACCCAGCAGAGCUGUUCCUGGUGCACAUCCUGGUCCGGAGGAGCGCGCCGUCCCGCCUGGUGUUCAUUGACAACGCGGGACGGCCACAGCAUCCCGAAGAGAAGCUCAACUUCAGGCUCCUGCAGGGCAUAGACAGCUUCCCGGCGGCGGCAGUGGCUAUGCUGCGGUCGGGAAGGUGGCAGAGCCUGCUGCUGCAGUCCCUGCGCCUGGACCGGGAGCUGUGGCACAGCCAGGGCGGCGCCGAGGGGCUGAGCCCGCUGCUCCGGACCAUCGAGCGGCGGGCGCGGAUCCUGCUGCGCCACAUCCGAGAGCGCAGCCUGGAGCUCUUCCAGGACUCGCCGAGCUGAGCCCAACCCCGGCUGGCUCUGGGUGCCCGCCUUGCACAUCCCAGCAGCCACGGAUGGACCUCCUGUCCGCGGCAUGGGUGGAAUGAGGUGCCUGCUGGUGCUUGGCUCUCCACAGGGUGUUGUAGGAUGCUCUGGAGAGGCAGGUGGAAUCACAGGGAGUAGGGAGGAGGAGGAGGAGAYGUCUCCUAAGACAACCCACAACUGCUUGAGAAAGGYAGCAAUCAUCAAGUCAUUGCCUCAGCAUGGAUUUUCAAAGGAAGGGCACAUCCAGGGGGAUUUUUGGGUGCCUUUACACACAGACACAAAUACACAGCAACUGUGAAAACUGGAGGCUUGGACUACUGAGCAGCCUACAGGGACCUGGGAAGAGUUAAAGAAACAGUGGAAGAAGUCAUUGGCAGCCUUUCCAUGAUUUGUGCUGGGCUUUUUGAUGAUACCCUCACUAUUUCCAAAACAUCCCAGGCAGAGAAGCAGGGGGAAAGCAGAGGKGAGCUUACUAAGAGGAUUAAUCAAAGACAAGACACUAGAGCUGAGUUCUGCCUUUCCCCCUGCAGAAGAGGUCUGUGUGCCUGGCAGUGGGUGUAAGGCACUGCCUGAAGCUGGGACCAGGCAGGACAAUGGAGCUCAGCAGCACUGGGCAGCGCUGCCCUCCUGUAACCCAUGGUGCCACCCCCAGGGAGAGCCAUGUGCCAUGUGCCAUGAUCCCUGCA